GAUUACGACGGCUAGGAUAUAAAGCCGACGACAUUUGUCAUACGUGUCUAGUUCAGUGGGUCAGUUGAAACAUGGCUUCAGUUGCGUACUUCUUUCUCGCCAUCUUGGCUGUUGCCGCGGCAGCACCUGACAGUCGCAUCGUCGGCGGUGACCACGUGACCAUCGAGGAGUCUCCUUACGUGGUCUCCCUGACCUACCUAUACCCUGGCCCAGGUAUCACGGUGCAGCGCUGUGUUGGGACCCUGGUGUCUUCUUUCCAUGCUAUUACUACGGCUUUCUGUUAUACUGGAGCCGUCCUCGAAAACUUCCAAAUCCGAGCUGGUUCCACAAACAGCUUGGCUGGAGGAGUCGUGGUAGGAAUUGCUAAUGUGGUGAAACACCCUGACUACACCGAGACCCCUCGCUCCAACGACAUUGCUGUGACCUUCCUGUCUUCAGCUCUUGGCAUCAGCAACACCGUCAAUGUGUUGUAUCUGCCUCCUGUUAAUUAUAACAUCCCUGAUGGACAGAGCGUUAAGGUUGUGAGCUGGGGAUUUGAAUCUGAGACCGGAGCGCAACUGGAGACACUGAAGUCUGUCUACCUGAACAAGUUGAGCGUGGAGGACUGCCAGGCUGUCUAUGCUGACUCCGAAGAUGUUACCGUUUCUGAUGCUGUGAUCUGCGCUGCCGCCCCUGGUAAAGGCAUGUGCCGCGGCGACUCCGGGGCUCCUAUGGUCAUGAACAACGCCCUCGUUGGAAUCUCCUCCUUCUUCCAGGAGUGUCUCACUGAUGUAUACCCUGAUGUCUUCACCAGGGUCGAUAGAUACACCAACUGGAUCCUGGGAGUAGCGUCUUCAAAUAGCCGCAGUUCUGGCAUUAGGGUCGCCCCUGUAGCUUUAUAAAUUAGACUGAAAUCUAGUCAAUAUAAGUGUGAAGGCCUUUUUGCACCACACUUCUGUUAGCCCUUAUAUAUUUGUGGAGGCGGUGAAACUGGCCGAGUAUAAGUGUCAAAAUUAUGUGAUCUGCUUUUGGAAUUAAUUAUUGUUUUUUAAGUUUAAGAAUUAUAUAUUUUUUCAAAUA